AUGGUGUAUGACGACAAGGACGUCCGCUCAGUCCUUGCCUCGGACGGCCGGCUGGUCGAGUCAUGGUGGCCGGCCGGCACCGCCGCCCUCGUCGGCCCCUCCUCCCUGAACGUGCUGCCGCAGCCGCGCCAGGCCCAGGUAAAGGCGCCGUUCUUGCGGGCCCUCGGCGAGCGCGCCAUCGCGGCGCGCGCGCGGGCGGUCGCGCGCGCGAUGGACGCCGUGCUCGCCGCGUGGGCGGACGCGCAGGCGGCGGCGGCACCGGGGGCCGGGGGCGGCGGGCCCGGCCCGGCGGCGGCGGCCGUGCUGGGCGGCGUCGCUGCAUCCAAGCAGGCGCUGCCGCUGUGCGACCUGCUGGCUAGCGCAACUUUCAACGCUGCCCUGUUCGGCGCCGCCGCCUCCGACGACGCCAGCGAGGCGAGCGCCGCCGCCGCGCCCCCCUCCGCCGCCGCCGCCGCGGCGCCGCAACUGCCCGCGCCGGAGGCGGCGGCGUUCCUGUCUGAGUGCCUCGAGCGCGGCCGGCUGGCGGCGGAUCUGGCCGGCGGCUUCCUGCCGCCGAUGAUCGACCUGCCGUUCACCGCUUACAGCAGGGCGCUGCGCGCGCGGCGGGCGCUGCUGUCCAAGUAUGCGUCGGAGCUCGCCGCGGCGCGCGCACGCAGGAGCGGCGGCGGCGGCGGCGGCGGGGCCGGGGCGGGCGGCGCGGCGGACGCGUUGGUGCGGGCGGCGGAGGGGGCGGGCGUGUCAGAUGGGGAGCUCCUUGAUGGGCUGGUGGCGUGCCUGUUUGGGAACGUGGGGGCCGGGCCCACGUUUGUGAAACUGUUCCAACACCUGGAGCCGACAGGCUCGGACGGCGGCGGCGGCGGCGGCGGGUGGUGGGCGGCGCUGCGGGACGAGCAGCGGCGCGUCGUCGCGGCGCGCGGCGCGGCGCUGGGCGCCGCGGCGCUGGAGGGCAUGCCGGUCACGGAGGCGGUGGCGCGGGAGGCGCUGCGGAUCACGCCGGUGGUGCCGGCGAUCUUCCGGCUGGCAACCCAGGACUUUGAGCUGAGGGGCCGCCGCAUACCCAAGGGCUGGCGCGUGUGGUGCCACACAGGCAGCGGUGUCCUCAAAUACAACGCGGACGAGUUCGAUCCAUCCAGGUGGCUCCGAGGUGACGCGGCGGCCGCCGACUCGCCAGCGCCGGAUGGCGGCGGCGGCGGCGGCGGGUGCCCGAUGGCCGCGGCGGCUGCGGCGGCUGCAGGGGACGAGGGCGCCGGCUCGCCGUUCGGCCAGGGGGCGCGCGCGUGCGUCGGGCGCCCGCUGAUGCUGCUGCAGCUGAAGCUUCUGCUGGCGCUGCUGGCGCGGCGUUACACCUGGCGGUUUGAGGGCGGUUCGGCGGGGCCGGCGGAGCCGUGGGUGGUGGUGCCGGCGCCGCGGCCGGAGAUGGGGCUGGCCGGGUUUGUGCUGGAGCGCGCGGCAGAGGCUGAUGCGAUCCCCAUAGAUUUGAGUGGUGGUGAUGAGGACGUCGGGCUGUAA